GGGGUUGGGAGUCGCCAGAACAAGAGGAAAGGUGGCGGGGUGGGGGCGGGAAAGACCCCACUCAGAUCCACUCACACUUUAUGCCCACACAAAGCUCGCUUUCCUGUCUCCGGCUAGUUUUCUGAAGUAAAACAAGGGCAGAUCGGCGAGAGAGAGGGGAGGGAGCGGCGGAGCUGGAUUGUGAGACGGGCACUCGGCGGAUUGUCCUCCGUGUCUCUCCCCCCCCCCCCCGGCGCGCGACAGCCGGGGCGAUGGUCGUCUUCAAUGGCUUGCUGAAGAUCAAGAUCACCGAGGCUGUGGAUUUGAAACCUACCCCCUGGUCCCUGCGACAUGCCGUCGGCUCCAGGCCCCAGACUUUCCUGCUGGACCCUUACAUCGCCCUGAACGUUGACGACUCAAGGAUCGGCCAGACCUCGACCAAGCAGAAAACCAACAGCCCCGCCUGGAACGACGAGUUCGUUACCGACGUGUGCAACGGCAGGAAAAUCGAGCUGGCCGUCUUCCACGAUGCGCCUAUCGGCUACGACGAUUUCGUGGCCAACUGCACCAUUCAGUUCGAGGAUCUGUUACAGAAUGGCAGCAGACACUUCGAAGACUGGAUAGACCUGGAACCAGAAGGAAGAGUAUAUGUCGUCAUAGAUCUCUCGGGAUCAUCAAGUGAAGGCACUGGUUUCCUUUCGAACAUGGAAAUGCUGGGAACUGAUCCGCUAUCUGCUCUCCAGAAAUCAGCACCAAAGGAGAAUGAAGAACGUGUCUUCAGAGAACGAAUGCGGCCCAGGAAGAGACAAGGAGCUGUACGACGCAGAGUCCAUCAGGUCAACGGGCACAAGUUUAUGGCCACCUACCUUAGACAACCAACAUAUUGUUCACAUUGCCGGGACUUUAUUUGGGGAGUGAUAGGUAAACAAGGAUAUCAAUGUCAGGUCUGUACCUGUGUAGUGCAUAAGCGCUGUCAUGAACUUAUCAUAACCAAGUGUGCUGGUUUGAAGAAGCAAGAAGCCCAGGAUGAGGUGGGCUCCCAGCGCUUCAGUGUUAACAUGCCUCAUAAGUUUAGCAUUCAUAAUUUCAAAGUGCCCACAUUCUGUGAUCACUGUGGCUCUUUGCUCUGGGGUCUGAUGAAACAGGGGUUACAAUGUAAAGUAUGCAAGAUGAAUGUCCACAGACGUUGUGAGACCAAUGUGGCUCCAAACUGCGGAGUUGAUGCUCGAGGGAUAGCUAAAGUGCUAGCAGAUCUCGGUGUUACUCCAGAUAAGAUCACCAACAGUGGACAACGGAAGAAGAAGUUGAACACAGGUCAGGACCCACAGCAAUCGAUCCCUGGAGCUUCACCAUCUGAAGAAGACAGAUCGAAAUCAGCACCAACAUCCCCGUGUGAUCAGGAGCUCAAAGAACUUGAAAACAACAUUAGAAAAGCGCUUUCGUUUGAUAAUAGAGGCGAUGAACACAAAGGAGCAGGAGCAGAUAAACAAGUGCUAACACCUGGUGAAAAUGGGGAAAAUGGAGAGCUAAAACAGUUCCAGAACAAGCAUUAUAAUUUAGAAGACUUCUCCUUCAUUAAAGUAUUAGGGAAAGGCAGCUUUGGCAAGGUCAUGCUGGCUGAGCUAAAAGGUACAGAUGAGGUCUAUGCUGUAAAGGUGCUAAAGAAAGAUGUAAUUCUCCAGGAUGAUGACGUUGACUGCACAAUGACUGAGAAAAGGAUACUGGCAUUAGCAAGAAAGCACCCCUACCUGACCCAACUGUUUUGCUGCUUCCAGACGAAGGACCGCCUUUUCUUCGUCAUGGAAUACGUAAAUGGAGGCGAUUUAAUGUUUCAAAUUCAGCGUUCCCGAAAGUUUGAUGAAGCUCGCUCGAGGUUUUAUGCAGCGGAGGUCACUUCGGCGCUCAUGUUCCUUCACCAAAAUGGUGUCAUCUACAGAGAUCUUAAACUGGACAAUAUCUUGCUGGAUGCUGAGGGACACUGCAAGCUGGCUGACUUCGGCAUGUGCAAAGAAGGCAUCCUGAAUGGCAUCACAACGACUACCUUCUGUGGUACCCCUGAUUACAUUGCCCCUGAGAUCCUACAAGAAUUAGAGUAUGGUCCUUCAGUGGACUGGUGGGCUUUAGGGGUCCUGAUGUACGAGAUGAUGGCAGGCCAACCACCUUUCGAAGCAGACAAUGAAGACGACCUUUUCGAGUCCAUCUUGCACGAUGAUGUGUUGUACCCGGUCUGGCUCAGUAAGGAAGCAGUCAGCAUUCUGAAAGCGUUUAUGACGAAGAGCCCAAAUAAACGCUUGGGUUGUGUUACAUCACAAGGUGGGGAGGAGGCCAUUAAACAGCACCCAUUUUUCAAGGAAAUUGAUUGGGUGCUGCUGGAACAGAAGAAAAUAAAACCUCCAUUUAAACCAAGGAUUAAAACCAAAAGGGAUGUGAAUAACUUCGACCAAGACUUCACACGUGAGGAACCUGUAUUGACACUGGUGGAUGAUGCUAUCGUUAGGCAGAUAAACCAAGAUGAAUUUAAGGGUUUCUCUUAUUUUGGCGAAGAGUCAGUAGCCUAAGACGUUAUCCUGGUGCUGCCACUAGAUGCCAUUGCCAUGCAAUGGCCCAAGAAAUCCAGCAAGUCAUUAGGAUCGAGUUUUUUUUAGUAUGGUGUAGUACCUGCGUUUCCCUGCAGUAAUACAUGUGUACAUUUCUACCUUGUUUCCAUUUUUCUGGUUUAAAUUAAUGCACUCCAGAGUUUUUGUUUUGUUACUUCUAUUUAAAAUAAAAGUCAAUUUGGUCUUAUUUUAAGCCCUUUGCUACAUCUGGGCUUUUCAGAGGAGACGUGUGUAAUACAAACAGUAUUAAAUGUACUGUUAUAUUUGUAGUACUGCAGGUUCAUUCCUUUUUAGCAGGAACUCCGGUACAGGGAAGUGGAACAACCAUGCAACAAAGGCUCAUGAAACAGAACUACAUACCAGAGGUUGAGAUAGAAAUAGAAGCUGAGGAAAGUUGACCAGUUGGCCAGCAUGUGUCGUCAAUCAGUUGAUUAUUCCAUGGGCGUGGAAGUUGCUCAGGUCAACAGAAAGUGUUACUGAGUGGUUUAUUUAGUUAUUUUACCUUUCUGUGGAGAUGUUACACUGUUUUAAGUUGUCACUCUUUAGUGCAAUUUCUAGUGAAUUAGGUCAUUUGAAAUUACAUCACACAUUUGAGUGUUACCCAGCCUAGAAAAAUUCUCAACCAAGUAUAUUGCGAGUUGGUGAUGAUUAAUGUGCUCACCUAGUUUACUACUCAGUUCUUUUGGGACAGUCCUACAACUUACAGUGUAAUAUUUUACUGUAACUUAGAUCUUGAACAAUCACAUUGCACUGAAUUGCAGGCUUAUGUCACAACCAAUGCUCAUCACCAAGACCAGGGUUGUUUGAAUUAUUUGUUUUAGUAGUGUGUUACUUUGGCACAUUUCAGAAAUCCUUAUUUAUACUACUGUCCCAUACCUGUACUAUAUUUUCAAGUGUGUAUCUUAUUUUUUAAAAAAACAUAGAGACUAUGAAAUAUUGAGCAUUAUACCUAGACAUAAUAGAGGACUGACGAUCAAAUCACACAAAAACUGACAAGGUAUAUGAUGAUGUACAUUAUUUAACCUUUUAUGAGUUAUCUGAUGAUAAAUUGUGGCUGUGGUUGAGGAACUGAUCAUGUACACACAGUCAAACAGUUUGAGCAGGUCAGGUCUAGUUGUGUUCUAUUUUAGUGUUUUGUGUGUGCAUUUGUGUGUAUGCAUAUGUGUGUGGAUGUGUGUAUGCAUGCAUGUGUGUGUGUGGGUAUGGGUGUCCUAAAGUCACUUAGAAUUUUACUGGACUGGUUUCCCAGUCACUGGGAUCCACAUUAUCUGAUGCACCUGGAUUUCCAGAUGCACGGAAAUACUUGUGAGUAGCAAAGAAGCACUAAAAAGGGCUCUUUGCUUUUUGUACAGGCAAGAAGUUGUAAAUACUGUUUGCUGCAAGGCCUGUGGAGUUCAUUGAACAGUAUCAACUGCUGCAUGUUCAGGCAUAUUAUAUAUAUUAUAAAUAUAUAUAUAUAUAUUAGUAAUUGAGAAAAGUAAUUAAUGAUAAUGUCCAUGUGCAAUACUCUGUAUGUGUAUUUGUUCAAGUUGUUGUCUAACAAGUUGAGUUUUUUUUGUCCUAUGUCAUAACCUUGUAUUAAGCUAUACUGGACCCCUUGUACAGUCCUUCAAAUUGUACUAAGGGUGUUAUUAAAAAAAAUUAGGAUGGAAAUUAUUGCAGACAUUUGCAAUGUUAUGACAGUUACUCUCUGAAAGCAAGGAUUUUUUAGAAUGAGUCGAAGGGCAUUUUUGAUUAUUUAUGUGAUGCAAAAGACAUAAAAGUUAGAAUAUUUUUUCUUUAACAGUACAUUCCUCAAGCUUCUACAGAUUCAUUCUUCAAUCUGCUGUGUUAAGCAUGAUGGUAUUACUGAUAGAUCAGGCCUCAACUUAAACACACUUGUGUUUGGUUUAUACAGCAUAUGACAACUAAAACAGAUAGUCAGGUUGGUUCAGUGUGAAAUCUUUGCAUGGACAGGUGUUCCUCCAUUAUAAAUUUUUACCUGUCUUACCAUUUAUUAUUAGUUUACAUUCACAGAAGAACGUGUUACUUUUUGCUUGAUUGUUACAAUUUUUUUUCUCUCUUAAACGUGAAUGCACUGUAGCACAGCGUCCCUGUCUGGUUGGAUCUUCCCCUUUCCUGUUUCUGCCUGCUUGGAACACAUGAAUGCAAAAAAAAAGGUGACAGUAUCCCUGUCUCCUUGCUUCUCUUUCCUCUAUCUUUUUUACAUAGAAGAAAAGUAUUGCAUGUCUGCUUUAUGGAGAGUGAUAAAAGGUUUGCUCCAAAACAAGGCUAAAAAUUACCUCUUUUUAACUUAAACAGUGUACAAUACAUGAGUCUGGCUGAAUCAAAAUGUUUUAAGUUUAGUUUCUGUUUUUUUUGUGAUGCUUUGUUUGUACAAAAGGUAUUUUCUUCAUGGAUGUAUUUUACAUUUCCUGCCAUCAUUAGUGUUAUUUCAUUGUAAACAUUAUUACUGUGUGCCAAAUGUACUGUAUUCAACAGGACGUGAAUGUGUACUGUUUGUUUUAAAACCCAACAAUUAAAAAACUAC